AUGGAUGAGGAUAUGAGGAGGACGAGCUAUCAUUCCGUGUUGAGGGAUGAUAUACGUGAGUUUGUGAGCUUUUCAGGGUGCAAAAUCCUGAAUGAGAUGGUGGAGAAGGCCCGAGAGCGAGAGAUGGAGUUGGAGCUCCGCACCAAGUGGAAGCCAGAGCAAGCUCAAACAGCUAUAGGUCAAGCUAAGAAGCUUAAGACCUUUGAUUCUUUUGGUAGGGGCCAACAUGGCUGUGGUCGGUAUGCAAAAUGUAGGAGGUCGCACAGUGGAUUUUGUCGGGUGACGAGCCCGAUAUGUUAUACAUGUGGUCAGCCAGGCCAUGUGAGCAAGGACCGCCCCAAGAAGUGCUUGAUUUGUUUCAACUACAACCAGACCAGCCAUAAAAAGGCCGAUUAUCUUAGGUUGCAGGGAGGGGGAGGAGCGGUGGCGGCGCCUGCGCCCGCCACAAUGAGGAUCACUGAUGGCCGCCCUGCCAAGGCGGAUGCUCCUGCGGUGAAGAGCCACACAUUUCAGUUGACCACAAAGGAGGCUCAAGCAACGCCAGACGUCGUGGCUGGGACCUUUUUGGUCAAUGGUAUGUCGGCUCAUGUUGUUUUCGAUUCAGGAGCUACCCGACCGUUCGUAUCUCUUUCGCUUAGCAAGAAGUUUUGGGAUGCUCCGGGGACUUUGGAUUCCCUGCUUGAGGUUGAGAUCGCGGAUGACCGCACCGUGAGUGAUGCGAGGGUAUAUCAGGAUUGUGCCCUGGAUGUGUAUGGGGAGAGGUUCCGUGUCGAUCUGGUUUCGAUAUUGUUGUGA